AUGCACGUGUCGUAUGGUGUUUCCAUUGCAUUGAUUAAUUCAGUGGUUAAUGCACUCUGUGACCCCAUGCGCAAGUAUUUAACAAAAUCCAUGGACCCUUUUAUGAUUGUAGCAAUGCGUGGAAUGAUUCAAGUACCACUAUUUGUGCUAUGGGCUAUUCUGGACUCUAAUGGCCACCUACCACAGCUCAAUGGUCUCUAUUGGACGUCUGUGUGUAUCAGCGGCGGUAUCAACAUCAUCACCAGCUAUUUGUAUAACCGAGCGAUUCAGAUCUCCACAUUGUCUGCCACGGUCCCGUUCCUUUCUUUUACACCUGCAUUUCUUGUGAUCGUUGCGUUUGUUGUACUGGGUGAAGUUCCUACGAUCUCCGGUAUGCUGGGUGUUUCGAUUGCCACGCUGGGAGGUUUUUGGCUCCAAGGUGCCAAGGACAUAAACACAAGCAAGGAUCUUAUUUCGAAUGCAUUUGACAAGAUUGGCGUGCAAAACUCGACACCGCUAGUGUAUGGUGCUACAAUUCAGAUCAUUGUGGCCGGAGGUAGCUACAUCUUGCAAAAAAUGCGUGUAGGAGGCGAGGAGGUCUACCUUCCGAUUGGACAGCAGCCGAAAAUUCCGUGGAAAUUUGUCAUUCUUACCGGAAUCACGAGCGUCGUGGCGUACUACAUUAAUCUCGUGGCGACGCAGCACCUUGAGGUUUCGUACGUGAUUGCAAUCAAGCGGUCUGGCUGCAUCUGGAGCGUGCUAAUGGGGCGAUUUUUGUUUCGGGAACGAGAUUUGCGUAAAAAAUUUCCUAGUAUUCUGCUCAUGGUCCUAGGUGUUUGUUGUAUUGUUGUGGGUCAGACUCAAGCGUAA